GCUGACGCUUCCGGCUCUCUGGUAGAAGUGUGCGCAAAGGGGGGGGGAGGAAAGCAGGGAUCUUGAACUGGCGUGAUCAUGGCGAGCGAAAAAGGGGACUCCGAGAAGUCUUUCAAAAUCCUGGGUAUAGCUGACGUCUUUAAGAUCCCUUGUGCUCGAGAAUCAUUCCUUUAUGGAUCGCUGGGCGGUGUAGCUGUGGGGCUUGUACAUUUUUUGGCAACAAGUAGAGUGCUUCGAUCUUAUUACGUUGCAGUUGGAGGUUAUGCCCUGAGCACAACAGUAUUUUGGUUCUGCUGUAGAUACGAUCGUGCAAAAAAAAGAUUCGAGCAACGCAUGAUUCAAGAAGGCAUAAAAAAUAUGAUUUUGUAUGAAGGUACUCAGUAUGAUAGAACAAAGGAAGCAACAACCACUGAGGAAAGACGUCUAUAGUUUUUACAAAAGUUCCUAAAUAAGGAGUAUCUCUUCUUAUACUAUUUCUAAGGAUUCUCUGUAAUUAAAAAAACAGAAUUUGCUUGAUGAAAAAUAAGGCAAACUGGUCCUCUUCAAGUUCUCAUUUAUAUCUUACUUUUCCUGAUAUUUCACAUUUUUCUUUUUAGUGCACAUGCACAUUUUAGUGCACAUUUUAGCUCACUUUCAGGAGAUAAAUCUACAACAGAUUGGCAAAAGUUAACAGUGAUGCUUAAAGACUUUUGCAGAAUGAAUGUCUAUGUUAGCUAUAUGUUCUUUGGGUUUGGAGUUACUCUGUAAAACAAGUAGCAGUUUACAUACAUGAAAAGACUUUGGUGAGUCUUUUAAAAGACACAGCUUGUAUAAGGGCAAAACCUAACCAAAGCUAAAUGGUAACAGCUCCCUACUGUACAACGAAAAAAAAAAUAAGAGAAUGGCUUCUUACUACACAGACAUGUGCAGGAUUGCAAGGAGAUCAUUACUAGUAACGGGAUAACAUGGGGUAACCAUUCGACCACUGACACAAUGGGUCCAACCGGAUAAUAGUCCAUUGCUGACGGGUAAAUCAACACAUAUGUGAACUCCACUGUCAGUGGGUCUACUCUUGUUGAGACUUGCAAUAGGAUACUAGCCCUGUAUUUAAUUCAUUGUUUCUUCAAUUAAAUAGAACUGCAUCAUGUCCUGUGUGCUUGUUUUCACUGGAGUUUGCCAGAUACUCCUGUAAUCCCUCUUGUUAUUUUUAAUGGGGCUAUGAAAUAUGAUAGUGCUAUGGAAAGUAAUUUUGCUUAUACUGUUAUCAUUCUCCACUAGAGUACAGGUAAUAGGAAUACAAUCUUUUUGCAGUAAUGUAAAUGCUUGACUAUCACAAUGCAAAAUAUUUGCAAGGGAAUGUACUUGGUUAUAAUACCCAUGUGACAAUGUAUAAACGUUGACUUCUGCCUUGCACCAUAGGCUCUUAUAUUGUUUCACGAUUCUGCCUCAGUGAACAGUUAAGGAUUUGCAUAAAAACUGUGAUAUUUGUACCUAAGCAUAUUUAAAGUGGUAUUUUCACUAUCAGUAGGGAUUAUUAUGGCAAAGUGCUGUUCAUACUACUAUAUAGAACAAGAAGUAUGAAGCAGGAUGAAUUAAGACUCACACUGCUGUCACGGCAGCUUAAGGAACCUAUGCAAGAGGGACACAAUUCUCCAGUCUUGCUGUCAUAGUGCUCAGUAGUACAAAAGUGAGCUAAACAAGUAGGGCAUUUUAAGCAUCCUGUGAGAAUUGCUGCAGCAAAUGUAUUUCUGAAAACAGAAUUUCUUUACCCAACUAGCCUUUGGGUGUGAGAAAUUUGUUAUAUUCUCUUUUGGCCUCGUUUUCUGUAGUUUCUCCAAAACAUGAGCUAAGCUGAUGAGAACACUAUACAUGCUUCCAUGUUUCCAAAAUAAUUUAAAUACAGUGUAUACUUGUGAAUAAAAUCCAUCUUGGAAGUCCUUCAUUAUGCAACA